AUGUUCAAUCUGGCUAUCUCGUUGGCCGGUACCAGCAUAGCUCUCAUCUUCACGGACCGAUUCCCCGGCUGGACAUUCAAAGGCUUGUUUAGCUGUAUAUUUGGCAUCAACUUCUCCAUCCAGCUUUUCUGGGAUAUUUUGAUAUACCCCAAUUUUGUCACUCCACUGCGCUAUGUGCCGUGUGUACCAGGAACUGUCAGCCAACUGCACAUCCUCAUGGACUCGCCGAGAGGACAAUUGCCACUGAAAUGGAUGCGCACGAUCCCCAACAACGGGUUGAUUCGGUUCCGCGAUAUCUUCCGUCAUAGUCAUUUGAUUGCCACCAAUCACCAGGCUUUGCUGGAUAUUAUGAGCACCAAUACAUACGACUUUGAGAAGCCAUGGAAGGCGCGGGAGUUCCUUGCGCGUAUCAUCGGAUUCGGCUUGAUUUUGUCCGAAGGGAAUGCGCAUCGAGUUCAACGCAAGGCAUUGACCCCGGCAUUUAACAUCAAGAAUAUUCGCUCUUUAUAUACAUUGAUGUGGGAGAAGACAAACAUCCUGAUCGAUGAACUGGAGAAAGAGGUCAAAGAAAACCCAAUGGAAGGAACCAACACAAAUAGCAGCGUUGGCAAAGUCGAGAUGAGCGUAUGGGCUAGUCGUCUUACCUUGGAUAUCAUCGGGCCAGUGGCCAUGGGCCGUGAUUUUCAAUCCCUAACACAUAAGGAAAACAAGGUUGCCGACAGUUUCUUACGAAUCUUGGAACCGACCAAAGAGAAACUGAUUUUCCUUGCCGUGAACUUCAUUUUCCCGCAGUGGUUUGCCAGUCGUCUUCCAUGGAAAUUGAACAGGGUUGUUAAUGAAGAAACCGGGUAUCUGCGUUCCGUUUGCCAUGAAAUCGUGCAGGAAAAGCGCAGAGCACUGCAGUCACAAAAAGCCGAUACAUCGGAAUUAGACGCAGAUAUUUUGGGUACUAUCAUGCUCCGUGGAGAAUUUUCAGAUGAUGAACUAGUUGAUCAAAUGUUGACUUUCCUGGCUGCUGGGCACGAAACCACCGCGAGUGCCCUCACUUGGGCAUGCUACCUACUCUGCCAAUACCCUGACGUACAGAAUAGACUACGACAAGAAAUCCACGACACUAUCCCCUCGUCCAAUUCUCCAAUCACAUGGACCCAGCUCGAAGCAAUGCCUCUUUUGAACGGUGUCUGCCAGGAAGUCUUGCGCCUGUACCCAACCGUGCCGAAUACCGUGCGUGAAGCAGUCCGUGACACCGUCGUCGCCGGUGUCAGUGUUCCCCGUGGAACAAUGAUUACUUUAUCUCCAUAUGCAAUCAACCGCAGUCCUCAUUUCUGGGGCGAUACCGGUGCGGAGUUUAUUCCCGAGCGAUGGAUUGACACAGAUGAGAAGGGUAACAAAACCGUUAAUCACAAUGGAGGCGCACCCACAAAUUUCGCGCAGAUUACCUUCUUGCAUGGCCAACGGUCUUGUAUUGGCAAGGACUUUGCGCGUGCAGAGCUGCGCUGUGCGGUUGCUGGCGUGGUUGGCCGUUUCAUGAUGGAAAUGCAGGAUCCUAAUCAGGAAAUCCACAUCGCUGGUGCGGUUACAACCAAGCCGCGUGACGGAAUGCACUUGAAGAUGACGGCAGUUGAUGGAUGGUGA